UGACAUUAUAUUGAAUGAAGAAUUUUAGACGGCCAGGCGACCUCUUACGUAAACUCUUCGUCUUCGUGAUUAUUUAACAUUUUAUCGAUCGAAUUCCAAUACGAAAAAUGUUCUCUACCGUCUGCAAAGCAGGCCGUUUGGCCGCAAAGGCGGUAGCCAACAAUCCUGCUUCUGAAAAGGCACCAUUGGUUGCUGGAACUCUAGUGAACAAACGAGACUAUGCAGCCAAAGCCGCCGCAAAGGGCAAAGGUAAGGUGGUUGCAGUUAUUGGAGCCGUUGUCGACGUCCAGUUUGAAGACGAGUUACCCUCUAUCCUAAAUGCUUUGGAAGUACAAGAUCGCCAACCCAGGUUGGUCCUGGAGGUAGCGCAGCACUUGGGUGAAAACACUGUACGCACCAUUGCUAUGGACGGUACUGAGGGUCUGGUCCGCGGGCAGGUUGUCAACGACUCCGGCUCGCCCAUCCGAAUCCCUGUUGGUGCGGAGACCCUCGGUCGUAUCAUCAACGUCAUUGGCGAGCCCAUCGAUGAGCGCGGUCCCAUCCCCACCGACAAGAGAGCCGCUAUCCACGCUGAAGCACCCGAGUUUGUGGACAUGUCUGUACAGCAAGAAAUCCUGGUCACUGGAAUCAAGGUCGUGGACUUACUAGCUCCUUAUGCUAAGGGAGGUAAGAUUGGACUGUUUGGCGGCGCAGGUGUAGGCAAGACUGUAUUGAUCAUGGAGUUGAUCAACAACGUUGCAAAGGCCCAUGGUGGAUACUCAGUUUUUGCUGGAGUAGGUGAGCGUACCCGUGAGGGCAAUGAUUUGUACCAUGAAAUGAUUGAGUCUGGUGUCAUCUCCCUGAAGGACAAAACCUCGAAAGUAGCCCUUGUAUAUGGACAGAUGAAUGAGCCACCUGGCGCGCGUGCCCGUGUUGCCUUGACUGGAUUGACUGUUGCUGAGUAUUUCCGCGACCAAGAAGGACAGGAUGUGCUACUUUUCAUUGACAACAUUUUCCGUUUCACCCAAGCUGGGUCAGAAGUGUCUGCCUUGUUGGGUCGUAUCCCUUCUGCUGUAGGUUAUCAGCCCACAUUGGCCACUGACAUGGGUACCAUGCAGGAGAGAAUCACCACCACCAAGAAGGGUUCCAUUACCUCUGUGCAGGCCAUCUAUGUGCCAGCUGAUGACUUGACUGACCCUGCCCCUGCCACCACUUUUGCUCACUUGGAUGCCACCACUGUGCUGUCUCGUGCCAUUGCUGAGUUGGGCAUCUAUCCAGCUGUAGACCCUCUAGAUUCCACAUCCCGUAUCAUGGACCCCAACAUCAUUGGUGCUGAGCAUUACAACAUCGCCCGUGGUGUUCAAAAGAUCCUACAGGAUUACAAGUCCCUCCAGGACAUCAUUGCUAUCCUGGGUAUGGAUGAGUUGUCUGAGGAAGACAAGCUGACUGUAGCUCGUGCCCGUAAGAUUCAGAGAUUCCUCUCUCAGCCCUUCCAGGUGGCCGAGGUGUUCACUGGACAUGCAGGCAAGCUGGUACCCCUUGAAGAAACUAUCAAAGGCUUCUCUCAGAUUUUGGCAGGCGAGUAUGAUCAUUUGCCCGAAGUUGCUUUCUACAUGGUGGGGCCUAUUGAAGAAGUUGUAGCAAAGGCUGAAACUUUAGCGAAGAGUUCUUAAUUUCUUUUUGUAUAGUUUUAUUAGAGGGAAAGACCAGUUAUUUAUUCCAAAUGUACUGCCAACAAUCAGUCAGUAAAGAAUGGUAGUUAAAUCACUGAGAAAUCAUGUCAUUAUUUAAACGUAAAUAAAAGUAUGAUAUUGUGAUUAUUACCAAGUUAAUACCUAAUAAAGGUUGUAUUUAACUGAAAA